CUAAAACUUGAGCUCAGUAAGACCAUGCAAUUGUCAAAAGGUUUAAUUUUGUUUCUAUUAUUUUCUAGCAUAUGCGGUCAUAAUAAUGAAUUAAGGGUAUUUGGAAAUAUUAAAAAAUUACCGUCAAAAAUUUCAGAACGUUUAAGUGAAUAUUGGUAUAUUUAUAAGGCAAGCUUGAACAAAACGUACACGGCGAAGGAGGAGCUAGUGAAACGAGUAGCUUGGGAGAAGAACCUGCUGAAAAUUUAUGAGCAUAAUUUGAUGGCUGAAGCAGGCCAUCAUACUUAUACUCUGAGAGAUAACCAUAUUGCGGAUUUAUGUACACGCCAAUAUAUGAAAAAUAUGGUAAAACUCAUACCAAGUCGACGCCGAAAAAUAAGUGAUGAUGAAUUAGUUGGUGCUGUUCUUCAUGACCCGAAAACUAUUCCCAGUCAUUUGGAUUGGCGGAAAAAAGGUUUUAUCACACAACCAGUAAAUCAAGAAUCAUGUGGUAGCUGUUAUGCUUAUUCAAUAGCAGAAAGUAUAGAAGGUCAAAUAUUCAAAAAAACUGGGGCAUUAAUUUCUCUCAGUGCUCAGCAAAUCGUUGAUUGCAGCUCAAUAACUGGAAAUUUAGGAUGUGCAGGUGGUUCUCUCAGAAAUGGUCUUAGAUAUUUACAAAAAUCAGGAGGACUGAUGGAACAAAUAAAUUAUCCUUACAUAGCACAGGAAGGACAGUGCAAAUUUCAAACGAACUUGGGUAUCGUUAACAUUACUUCAUGGGCAAUCUUGCCAGCAAGAGAUGAACGGGCAUUGCAAGCUGCUGUUGCGACUAUUGGACCUAUAGCCGUUUCUAUAAAUGCCAGCCCCCGGACAUUUCAAUUAUAUCAUGAAGGAGUUUACGAUGAUCCAUUAUGCAGUUCCGAUAUGGUAAACCACGCAAUGUUGAUAGUAGGCUAUACGCCCAACGAGUGGAUUUUAAAAAAUUGGUGGGGUGAGCAAUGGGGAGAAAAUGGUUACAUGCGAAUCGUCAAAAAUAAAAAUCGUUGCGGUAUUGCCAACUACGCUGCUUACGUCCGAAUAUAA